GACAGUAGCAGCGUCAGUAGCAAACAACAGUAUGAAGCACGAGCACUAGUGAUCGAAAGCUUUUUGUCGUCCCGAAACUGCCGGCGAGUCUCUGCGAGAGCCGGCCGCAGAAACAAACAUGCGGACACACGCACAUCUUGAACGACAGACAAAUGAAGGAAGUCAGUUAGUGUUGCUAAUAGAACCGAUAAGACCAAGACUCUUUGCGGGCUGUGUACUAAAACGAAGCUAAGCGACACGUAACUAUUUACCGCCCUCGUGCGUGCAUAAACUACACUAUGCCAACAACAUGUGAUGACGCUAACGGACUCGACAAGUACGAAAAAAUGGGAUUUGAAAUAAUUAUGCUGAGGAUUCCCUUCUUCAUAUGACCGUAACUACGUGUUCUUGUUAUUCGUUCGGCUAAAUCGUCCCAACUGAUCCAAAGGAAGGGAUCCAACGUUUGCGCUAAUAGAAUCAUAGACAAACUUUUAGCUUGCCGUUUUACUCGUCGAUCGAUCGAUGAUAGCUCAGUGACACGAAACAAUAAAGAACGCUUGUGUUGCAGCCAUUUGUUAUCGCGGAGUCAAUGUCACAUUAUGAAUACUAUUACCAUCAUUGAUUAAAGCAAUGUAUUUCUCUUCCGAAUCCGCUACGAAUCGAUGGGUGUUUUUUCUUGCGAUCUUUUACAUCGCACGCGUAAGUUCAACCUUAAACGAAAUCGUCGAGUAUCCCCUGUCCACGAUCGAUGCCACAAUCGAUAUUAAGAAGCUUGAACAGCAAAGCGAGCGACUGAAGAGCUCAUUGGGUGCGUUGCAUAAUAACUACGAGCAUGGUAUAGAUAUUGCGUUCCUGGUUGAUUCUUCACUGUCGGUUGGUCUUGCAAACUUCAAGUUGGAACUUCGUUUUGUCAAGAAGAUUCUAGCGGAUUUCAGUAUAAGCCAUCUACGCAAAAAUACGACGCGAGUCACCCUUGUAACGUUCAGUUCACCCGAUAAAGUUGUAACUCAUGUGGACUUUAUUUCACCGAAUGGAAGUUCGCAGAUUCUCAAUCGACAUAAGUGUUCUCUGAUGGCGGAGCUUGCCCAAAUCCAAUAUGUCGGUGGCCUCACUUAUACUCUCGGGGCUAUGAAAAUCGCCGAUAGGGUUUUGGGUGCGAGCAACAGAUCCGUGCCUCAGGUUGUGUUUCUCGUCACUGAUGGAUUCUCCAAUGGUGGUGAUCCAAAGCCAAUAGCACGAAAGCUUAAAUCACGUGGCGUAACAAUUUUCACGUUUGGCAUCAAGAACGGAAAUGUCAAAGAACUUCAGGAUAUGGCAACGACCCGAAAGGAACAUUGUUUUAUUGUAAACUCUUUUGAAGAGUUUGAAGCUCUGGCUCGACGUGCCCUACACCAAGAUCUCUCAGUGGGCGAUUUCGAGCCAUUGGACUUAUCUCAAUGCAAUGGAUUGUGCCCAGCCGGACAGCUGUGCUGCCAAUCGGGGGCUCGUUGUGCUUGUGGUACUACCUCUGGCUACUUUAGCUGUCUUUGCCCACGCGGUCAAUAUGGAACGGGCCUCAAGGGCGAAUGUAAACCAUGCCCGAAAGGAACAUAUCAGCCCAGAUUUGUGCACGGCGGCAUCGAAGAAUGCUUGCCCUGUCCAGGUUCACAUCAAACUUCUCCAUCUGGCAGCCAUUCCAAACAACAAUGUAGCUGCAAGAGCGGCUUCACCACGUUGAUCACAGGAAAUAGCAGCGUCUGCAUGCCGGUUCGUUGCCCUGCUCUGGUAGCCCCAUUAAAUGGCUUCCUAGUGAACGAGAAAUGUGAGAGUGUAUUUAACGCCGCGUGCGGAGUAGCUUGUGAGACAGGCUAUAAGCUAUCUGGUCCAAGCAUUCUGGUUUGCAAUCAAGACGGCCGCUGGAGCGGCGAGAUGCCCAAAUGUCAUAAGCGCAAGUGUCAGGAGCUGACUGCACCCAACUCUGGCUGGAUGAAGUGUACGACGAGGUCGUACCAAUUCGAAACGGAAUGUGAGUUUGGCUGUAGUGAGGGAUUCGUUCUUGUUGGAUCGAAACGGAGAAACUGUUUGGCAGUAGCGCACUGGGAUGGGCUUCCGGCAACCUGUCGACAGAUCUACUGUCCUGCUCUCGACAUCCCUGCAAACGGAAGAAUUUUUCCACUGUCAUGCAAUGCGAGCAGGACUACCUUUGGGGAUCAGUGUCGUUACCGAUGUCAGGAAGGUUAUCGACUUACAGGGCCUUCAUCAAGAGAAUGUAUCUAUCCUGGUGUAUGGACCGAUCAUCAAUUGGUCACUCGUUGCGUCGAUACUAAACCGCCUUCAAUUGAAUGUCCCGAUAAUAUCCUCGUACCGGCGGACCCGGGGGAGCCGUACGCGACAGUCGACUUCAGUUUGCCAUCGAUACAAGAUAACAGUGGAUUCCAAGAGAUCACAUUGACGGUUUCUCCAGCCGUGGAGCCACCAUUGCCAUUUUUCAUUGGGGAUCCCAUGAACAUCACCUACACUGCUACAGACUCGCAAGAAAAUAAAAAUUCGUGCACAUUUUCCGUUACCGUCAUAGACGAGGAGCCCCCGACUGUUGAUCGUUGCGAGUCUCCAGCCGUGACGCUUUCAUCAGAUGGACAGGGCGCCAAGGUCGUCUGGGAAGAGCCGCUAUUUUCUGACAAUUCGAAUGAAGAUGUGUUCAUCUGGAGUUCACAUAAGCCUGGACAAUAUUUUCCGAUUAACGAUACCGUCGUCACAUACAAUGCCGCCGACAAUUCUGGCAAUAAUGCUUCCUGCACGUUUAACAUCACUGUUAAGGCGACCAAGUGCGAGCCUUCCUUCAGCGUGCUCAACGGGAAGCUCAACUGUACCGUGGACGCGCUUCAAACACUUUGCCAUAUCCAAUGCGAUCGAGGAUUUACGCUCCUGCCGAAUCUGCCCAAUUACCUACGAUGCAUCGAUGGCGUCUGGAAUAUAAGUGAUAUCGAUUUGCCCUCUUGUACCACUGUGGUUACUUCAAGUAGUGGCAGUAGUUCGAAGUUAACAUCGUCGAGCGCAUCGACACCAGUCGUAUUGCCAAGCGGAACAAUGUUCGAAUGCACUAACGAGUUCCUGUCCCAGCAGCUAUCGGUGGUUCUCAAGAAGCGUAUUUCUAUGAAGAACGUAAUCAAGUGUAGAGCCAAACCAAAAUGUUAUAAGGAAAAGCUGAAACCCAUUUGUGAAGUAACCCAACGAAAUAUGCUACCCAUCUCAAGCCAUGCUGCGCGAAAACGUCGUAGUGUUUCUGAUGCCAGAGCCAGCAAAUCCGAUAAAGACAGCGACACUGAUCUCAAUCUCGAGGAUGAAGAUAUGAUACUGCACUCCAUGGACGACAUGAUGUCGUCUGUCAGAGAUGGUCUGAACCAAAGGAAUCAGUCCUAUCACUCCCUGUGUCCAUUGGGCUGGGUUCAUAUCGACGAAAGAACGUGCGUGGAGUGUCCUGUUGGAACGUUUCAUAACUUCCUCGAACGAACGUGCAGUCCAUGUCCAUUUGGAACUUAUCAGUUCAAAGGUGGCCAGCUGAGCUGUGUCGUGUGUCCAGAUCAUACCUCCACUGCAGGCGAGAGCUCUAAGAGCGCGGACGAUUGCAAACCCCAGUGUGUACCCGGGAUGUUCUCGAAAAACAAUGGCGUUAUACCCUGUGAAACCUGUCUUCUUGGUGAGUAUCAGCCACAGUAUGGGUCCAAAUCUUGUCGACGGUGUCCAAUCGGAAUGACAACCAUGAAACGCCGUUCGUUUCAAUUGCGCGAUUGUAGAGAACGUUGUCCUUCACACAGUGUUUCCCGAUUUGGUGUUGCGCCAUGCUAUCCUUGUCCCACAGGAUACCACCAGCCUUUGAAAGGACAAAAGGGCUGCAUUCCUGCUACCGUGGAAACGUCGCAUAAUCACAGCGAGUACCUUCCCUUUAACGCGUGCUUCUUAUCACCAUGCCAGAACGAUGCGACGUGCAUUCCGAUGGACAAACAUUUUGCUUGUACCUGCCUUCCUGGUUAUACGGGAAGCUACUGCGAGAAACGAAUCGAUGAAUGUGCGUUACUUCCCUGCGGUUUAAAUGCUACCUGCGUCUUGCACGAAACAUCUGGCUACACAUGUUUAUGUCCACCCGGAUUACGAGGACAAAAUUGUGACGAGGACGUUAAUGAAUGUGCCCUUUCCAGUUGCCUCAACGGGGCUACUUGCGUGAACAUUUUUGGAUCAUUUCAGUGUAUUUGCCCUGAUGGAUAUACAGGCUUAACGUGUUCGGAAGAUAUUGAUGAGUGCAGUCAACAACGGUACGGCCAAUUCACUCCAAAUCUGCAUACGCCACCAUUGUGUCACAAUGGGGGACAGUGCGUGAAUAUUCCCGGCUCGUUUCGCUGCGAAUGUCUAGACGAGUUCACGGGCCAGUACUGCGAGCAUCUUUCGUGUGACUGCCAAAAUGGUGGAAGCUGCUCUCUGGGCAAGUGUUUCUGUCGGCCAGGAUUCUGGGGUAACAAGUGCCAACAUCUAUCGUCUAAAAGUUACUGCGAAGCAGUCAAGCCAUGUUUUAAUGGAGGGACGUGCAAGGAUGUUGAGCCUGACAGCUUUUCGUGUCAAUGCCAACCAGGCACAACUGGUCUGCUGUGCGAGGAAGAGGUGGCGGAAAAUUUUCUGCUCCAAUUUCUGGGUAAUACCACCUCGGACUCUGCCCGGUUGAGUAACCAUCUCGGCACCGAACCUCUCGAGGAGUUUACUGUGUGCCUCUGGUUGAAGUCCAACGACACGCAGAACUAUGGCACUCCAUUUUCGUACGCAUCUGAUGACAAGGAUAACUUGAUUACCAUUACGGAUUAUAGCGGACUGGUCUUCUAUGUGAACAACGAGCACGUUAUCAGCGAUAUCACUGUCAUUGAUGAUCGUUGGCAUCAUCUCUGCUUUUUGUGGAGUCUCCAGGGAGGGCAUUAUGCGAUCUACGUAAACAGCAAACUAACUCUAGAAGGAGGCAAUCUGUCUGCUUCAACGCUCGUUUCCCCGAACGGCACUUUGAUCCUCGGUCAAGAGCAAGAUCAACAAGGCUCCGGUUUCGCUCGAAUGGAAUCUUAUGCCGGUCUGAUCGCACACGCGUACUUCUGGAAGAAGCGAUUACGUACAGCCGAAAUAAAAGCUCUGUUCACUGACUGUUCAGCUCCAGUUCGAGUGACUAUCCGCCCCGAUCAGCUACUUGUAGCGUGGGGAGACUUCCGGGCUGGCGUGCGCGGGAACGUGAAGGUUUUGCAGAGCAAUUUUUGCAAGCCAUGCGGCCUGCCGGAAACAACCGGAAACGGCUACACAACAAGCAACGGACAAAUUAGCGGCGCUCGAGUUCAGUGGCACUGUGAUCCUCAUUUUGAGCUUAUCGGCAGCCAUGAAGCUGUCUGUCUAAAAGUUGGCGAGUGGUCCGCGCCAAAACCAGCCUGCGUAGGCAAGUAUUGCCCUGUGGGCCAGCUUGACAACGGGCGCACUAUCCCUCCUAAAAACCUAGUCGAGGUCGCUGAGGUUGUUCGCUUCGAAUGCAAUGAGGGAUUGCAUUUACGAGGAUCUUCUAUUGCUGUAUGUGAAUCCACAGCUAGGUUAAACAUCACUGAUUACCCAUCAUGUAGUACUAGCCGAUCAAAGCUCUCGCUCACUCCUCGAAGGUGCCCAGCAGAUCAUAUGGAGAUCCUCAAACGAAAUCUUGGCGUAGCAAGAACGUCGAAUGAUAGCACUACAGAGGAGAGCUUCCGCUGUCCAGCCGGAUUCCGGUUAGAGGGUAUUGCAACGCGAUUUUGCCGUUCUGGAGAAUGGAGCGCAUCGCUGCCUUCUUGUUACCCGAUCGUCUGUCCUCCGCUGCAACCCAUUACGCCUACGUCUGUUACCUACUCGGACGGCACAUUAGUCGGCUCUACCGCCACGCUUCGUUGUGCAUUUGGCUUUAAACUUCGCUGGAAAACACCUAACGUUCUACUGUGUAAUCUUCGAGGAGACUGGCAGCCGACAUUUAAAUUAGAAGAAGCGUGCGAGCCGAUAGAGUGCGGCCCCCUGCCACAAAUACAGAAUGCCGUUCUUCAACGGAACACAUCGCAUCACGUGGGAUCAGUCAUACAUAUAGAGUGUGUACGAGGUUUCUCUGUUGCACCUUCACUGGACGUGCGUUUGAUCUGUCUUCAAAGUGGGAUAUGGUCUCAGCCAUCUGGCAAUCUCUGUGAACCAAAGCAGUGUAGCUUCCUACAACUGCCUCAGGUUGAUGGUAGUUCCGUAAUCCUACACAAUGGGUCGACGUCGUUUGGUUCCCUAGUGGAAAUCUCAUGCGAGCGCGGAUUUCGCAGCGUAACAAGCAUGACGCGAAUGCAGUUCGUCUGUAGUGAAGAUGGCUGGCAGCGUAUGGACGUCGCGGCACAUGCACAAUCUAGAUUAAUUCAAUGUCGACCGAUUCGCUGUCCGCAUCCACGGCACCCACCAAACGGACGCGCCUACUUUGUCGAUCGCAGUGUAGGGGCAACUAUUGAAUUUUCUUGCGGGCCAGGCUACACAUUUAGUGAGAUGGCGCCACAGGAAAGCGUCUGUCAAGAAGACAGCACGUGGUCGGUUGGAGUAGGUCAACUUGAGAACGUAUGCGUUCGUCGUCGAGCGUGCUCACAUCUUGUUGCACCUCUUAAUGGCUAUAUGAAUAUAACAGUAAAUCAAGCGAAUUUUUCAUGCGGUCGGGGCUUCCAGCUGGUUGGCUCACAUAUGCUGCGCUGUAUCAACGGUCAAUGGACGGACGUGGCCCCCGAAUGUCAACCAGAACGCUGCCCGGUUGAAUCGGAAGGAGGUCUAGUUCUAGAAAACGGAAUUUUCUCUCCAACCAGAGGCGCAGUCGGUGAUCGGGUUUCGGUGUCAUGCAAGGUGGGUUACAAACUGCGAGGCGACGUUGAAUGGCAUUGUCUAGAGAACGCGACAUGGUCCGGUUCGACUAGCUGUGUACCUGUUACGUGCGCACCCCCAGAAGACAGCUUUGUAACGCCAUUUUAUAAAGAUUAUCGCUAUGGCAGUUCGAUUGAUUAUUCGUGUAACCAAGGGCACGUACUGGUGGGUAGUCGAAUUCGCGUGUGCCUUGCCACUGGACAGUGGUCAGCGCCUGUACCCAAUUGCCGCCUUGUUACCUGUCCGCCACCCGUCGACAAUCGUUCACUGAAUAUCACAUACGACCCGUAUAAUUCGACGCUGUUUGGGACGCGGGUGCGGGUGUCUUGUGCAUCUCCAGAAGGCCAUUUAAUUGGAGCCUCGCAGUCUUUAUGUGGGGAUCAAGGGGUGUGGGAUCCACCAUUGCCUGUGUGUCUUCGCACCACAAGAAACUACUGUCUUACUUCAGGACCCCCCACCAACGGCCGUGUGGAAGUUAUAGGCGAUAUCUAUAGGUUUAGUUGUGACAGCGGCUAUCGGCUAAUAGGCAAUCCGGAAAUAAAUUGCAAGCAGGAAACGAUGUCCGUUAAAAUUCGUCCUCCGAAGUGCGUAAAGCUUGUUACAUGCCCUAAGAUAGAAUACCCAGAUUCUGGUACCGUUCUUCUUCACACUAAGUCAGGCCCGUCACAAUUUCCGUCAGCUGGAGAUGAAGUAAUUGUUAGUUGUCAGCCAGGAAGGAUUCUCGUUGAGGUCGGGAGCCCCAUCGUAUACGCUCUUAAUCGGGGCGUAAGUACUUGCCAAUCCGAUGGCACGUGGAGUCACCGUUUUAACUGCGUUAAAAAAACCAAUGACUGAAACUCGUCCUAUUUUAUAUCAAAUCAUAGUCUGUUCAUCUGGUGUGCUCGAAGACCAACGAGGCUUAAUUGCUCUUUUUCUAUGCAAUUUAGGCCUACACAACUCAUGCACGGUUAAUAACUUUAACCACUUGUAAGUAAUAUCUGUAAUGGACGUUAGUUGAAGUGGACGCUAACAAAAAUAGCGAAAAAGUAGGAUAUAGAUAAUAAGAGAAAGUAACGAAACGACCGUAACAUCAAGAAUAUUAGGGGCAAUAGAAUCCUGAAAUUUCAAUCAUAGCAAAUUGUACUCUUUACUUUGCUUGCAAGGGAGUAUAUCAG